UUAAGUGGAUUUUCGUCUACGCGAAUAUACCAAUUUUGCCAAAUUUUUGCUCUCACGCGCUGAGUAACUUAAUGCAGUUGUUGUGGAGCAACAUGUAUCCCCAAUCCGAGUUGGAUAAUUACAAGUUGCAAGUGGAUUUGCUGCAGGAGAAGCUUAAACAAAGUGAGGAGAACCGUCAACAAUUGCAAAAAGAGCUUCAGCAGAUUUUGCAACGACGCAGCGAGCACGAUAAAUCGGUACGAACAAAAAUACGRCAAAAGUACCAGAGCUUUCUGGAUGAGCAGGAACGGCGCAAUGAGCGCAACAAGAUGCUGAUGCAAAUGAUCGAGCGCAUCGAUCAGCAAACRACAGCGUUGUCAGCGCGCAGCGAGCGACUAAAAAUGAUGAAGCUCCAAUACGAACGCUACUUCGCCAAACUAAUGCAAACUCAACCGGUGCGCUGUACAACAAAUGCUGUGGCAACAGCCAGAUUGGCAGCAGAAACUGCACCCAUAACUGCSAUGACAGCGUCCACACAGAUACCAGUGUUGCUACCGGCCAUGUCCGCACAGCCACCAACAACAGCGCCGCCUAUAGGAUCCCUUAGUGKUUUAAAGAGCGAGGUAACAACAACACCGGUGUCUGCAAUCCCAACAUUACAGCCGGGGGCUACUCACAUGGAAGCCACGGCGGAAGCACAGCCGKCAGCUCUAACGCCACGCAUGUGGACUUUCGCAAUGGCUACACCGACGCCAGCCGGAUUAUUGCUCAGCGGAGCGCCGACAGCRYCGAUGACUACUGGCACACUGCAAACGACAGCUACACCAAUUGAAUUCUUACAGUAUCCGUUCGGUUACGGACCGAUUAUCCAACAGCACACACUACAACAGCAAGCGUCUUACGCUACUGUAACACCAACUGAUGCUCCGAUGACAUUUGCAAAUCGGAGAGAUGUACCACGGGCCUCUAAUGUUGAUUUGACCGAGAAGAAAUAUAGUAUCCSAAAUGAGUACGAGCUAACGGAUGAUAUGGUAUCAACAGCAGAAGCGGCUACAUCAACAGAGUUUCCCUCCAUAGGAGACAAAUCAGGUGGUGAAAUGUCGAACAAGCAAACUGAAACAAUGCCGUAUUCUAUGGAUAGAAUGGUGGACACAGGUGAAAUGGAAGGAUCUACUUAUACGCCAGCUACAUCGCAGGAAAAACCCACGCAUAUAACAUCUACUCAGACGCGCGAAAAAUUGUCAAAGCCUGAAUCAGACAAUGCAACACCAAUGAAAGCUUUCCUAGACAAUCCAACUCCUGUAUUUAAAGAGCCAAAUUCCGCUAUCAACGAAGUUAACAGUAGUAUGUUGGCGGUUAAGCUGGAAAAUACUGAUAUUAUGGACAAAGCAAUUUCUURUGCUGAACCGAAGAACAACUCUCAGGACCAAAAAAUGGGCGCAAUUCCUUUCUACAACUUUAAAGACGAUAGCACUAAUUCGGAAGAUGCUUUGAAAAAGGGGAAUACCAUUAAGUUAAGUACAGCGGAAGAGCAUAGGCGAAAAAUUGCAGAAAUCGAGCAGCGAUACGGCACAAUUGAUGCUGAAGAAAAUAACGACUACGCCAAUAGGAAUAUGAAUUCAGAGAGGAAUGAAACUGGCUUUGGCUUCAAACGKUUCUCGGAAAUCGUUAAUCCGAAAAUGGAAUCAAGCGCCGAACAGCUGCAACCCACGAACGAAAAUUUAGAUAACCAAUCGUGGCAAUCGCACACGGGCUCCGUCGAGAAUGCGCCAAUGGCACACAUUUCCAGCAUGCCUUCAGCCUCAAAACCGCUUUCGAGUUCCAAAAUCGAUAAUAUUGAGAAUGCCAUUUAUGGCGAGCUUGUGAAUCCGCAGUUGCCCGAAAUGGAAGUGACGCCCACACGAACAGCAGCGCAAGGCUUCUUCACUGAAUUACUUGAACAGCAAAAAACGCCUUUGGAAAAUAACCAGCUUCAGGAACCUACAGCACAAGAACAAGAAUACCCUACAAAUCUUCCUGAAAACACCGAGUCUYUWAAUUAUAACUAUACUAUUGAGAGCAGUGAUACCGGCGAACUAAAACCAGAGAACGCUAUAAACGAGACAACARAUCCACAAAAUCAGGCCACUUAUGGCACCUACAAUACAGAGACUUAUCAGCCUACGAAUACAUUCAACGCAGAAAAUGCUUACGGUACCACGGAAGCAACGAAUAGCUAUACGGAGUAUCCAGCAGAGCAAAAAAUAGAUGCGAGCUCCACAGACACAACUGAUCAGCUAGAACAACCAGUCUAUUCACAGCAAGAUUACGAAAACUAUGAUGCCACACAGUAUGGCAACUACGACCCUAACGCUUAUCYCGGCUAUAUCUAUGACGAAGCUACGGGCCAAUAUGUCGUCGAUCCGCAAUAUACUGCYAACGAUGCCAGCAAUGCGGAAGCGCUCUAUACCGCGCAAGAUUAUACUCAACCACAAGAUCAACAACAACAAAAUGCAGUUCCAGUAGACAAUUACGCCCAUAAUGACAGUAAUAACUCUACACCAGCACCAGCUGCCACUGAGCAAACAUUAGACGCCGUACCAGCGCCUAUUGAGCCUUACCCAACGGCAGCGGUCGUAGAACCUCCUGUGGCGGCAGCAGUGCCUAGCGUUCCUAAUGUAGUUAAGCCUACCUCAAUUUUAUCGACGGCGGAGAAACAUGCCAUGCAAAACGAUGCUCAGAAAAAGAAGAAGCGCGUCAUAUUCGUGGACAGCAGCGAGACGGAUGACAGUUCCAGUGCAAAGGCGCCGGCGGGUAGUGCGACCAAUGCAGGCAAUGAAAGUGACUUUGACUUCUCAAGUGGCGCAGAGACAUCCGURGGCUAAGAAUUGCCGAAGUUGUA